AUGGAUGCCUUUGAGGGGAUACAUAGUGUACAACUUUCCUCCUCCCCGGCCGAGGCCCCGGCAUCUGACCCUGGGUACGAGGUCCUGGUGGCAGGCAGCUCUGGCAUAGCAGUGUACUCUUCCCCUGUCUUCUAUGGGAAAGUGGAUGUUUCCAAUGGAAAAGUGGCCAAGUGCAGAUCCACAAUCAAAGGCUCUGAGGAGAGAUGUCCCGUUGGAAGGCUGAUAGAUCUGGAUCCAGAUCCGCGGCCCGGUAUGGUGGGUGGAGGGGGGCAGGAGGAGACCAUGCCCACGGAGGAGGGAGCAGAACGGGGUGGGGAGCGGUACAAUGUGUCCCGGCUGCGGAGCUCUUCUCUGGAGAUCAGAGAGAAAGGCGCAGAGUUCCUCCGAGAACAACUAGAUGCGGCUCAAAAGGAGCUGAAGCUGAAAGGAGAGGAGUGUGAGAGGUUGUCUCAUGUCAGGGACCAGCUGGAGCAGGAACUGGAGGAGCUGACGGCCAGUCUGUUUGAGGAAGCCCAUAAGAUGGUGCGUGAAGCUAAUGUCAAACAGGCAGCAGCAGAGAAACAACUGAAAGAGGCCCAGGGCAAGAUUGAUGUUUUGCAGGCUGAGGUCUCUGCUCUGAAAACUCUGGUGUUGACCUCCACCCCCUCCUCUCCAAAUCGGCAGCUCCAUCCUCAGCUCCAGUCCUCUGGUUCCAAAGGGGGAACUCUGGGUCGGUCUGGGAUCCACAGCCGAAACAAGAGCACUGGUAACCUGCUGGGCAUGAACCUCCACACCGAACCCUCGGCACCUCCUCCAUCACAGCCAGUCAACAGAGAGGACAGGGAGCUGGACUCAGUGCUGUUUGCUGAGUUCCUGGCGUGGAAAGAGUCUCCCACUCUGGAACGUUCCUCUGCUUUCAUUAACCGCGUCUAUAGAGAAGACAUCAUGCCCUGUCUGUCCUUCACACGCUCCGAGUUGUCUCAGUCAGUUCAGUGUGCUGUGGAGAAUAACUCUCUAACUAUCGAACCGGUUGCCAUGACGGCAUUACCUAUGGUCAAGGCCUCAGCCAUAGAAUGCGGUGGGCCAAAUGGCUUCAGAGCUGCAAUAGAAACGAAGUGUGCGCUGAGCGGUAUGUCCCGCCCUUGCCGCCAUCGCAUUAAACUAGGGGAUAAAGAGAGCUACUACUACAUCUCUCCAUCCAGCAGAGCACGGAUCACGGCUGUUUGUAAUUUCUUCACCUACAUCAGGUACAUACAGCAGGGCCUGGUUAGACAGGACGUGGAGCAAAUGUUUUGGGAGGUGAUGCGUUUGCGGAGGGAGAUGACGGUGGCCAAGCUUGGUUUCUUCCUGACUGAUGACAGCUAA